GAAACAGACGCUGACGUCAGUGAUUUGAUUAUUUUUCAGACAAAAUCAACUAAGCGGUGUACUCGUUUUAUAUCAUUUUAAAUAUAAAUAAAUAACGCAGUUAACACAUAUUCUAUAUUAUUAUUUCACUGUAAAAAUGUCUGCGACGCCUGAGACUAAAUCAGCAGAUACUGAGACUCCUACUUCUAGUUCUAGUAUCAUAAAUGAAAUUAUUUAUAGUCCGGUGAAUUUGGUGUUAACUUUGAUAAUUUCUGUGCUGGUGUAUAAAAUAUUAAGAAGCAGGUUUGGAAAACCAUCCGUUGAGGCACCGACGCCAGAGCUUCCAAAAAUUAGAAAAGACAUGACAGUAGCUGAACUUCGGCAGUAUGAUGGAACACAACCCGAUGGCCGAGUCUUGGUGGCGGUAAAUGGGUGGAUUUUCGACGUGACGCGAGGACGCCGCUUUUACGGACCCGAUGGUCCGUAUGCAGCAUUCGGGGGAAAGGAUGCAUCUCGAGGCUUAGCUACAUUCUCUGUGACAUCAACUGAUAAAGAAUAUGAUGACCUUAGUGACCUCAACUCAAUGGAGAUGGAAUCUGUUAAAGAGUGGGAAGCACAAUUUAGAGAGAAAUACGACCUCGUUGGUAGAUUACUCAGACCAGGAGAGGAACCGAUGAACUAUUCGGACGAAGAGCCGGAGGAGACCGACAACUCGACCGGCAGUCACGGCGACAAGAAGGAACAAUGAAAUGUGAAUAUGUCGAAAGCUUAACCAAACAAAUCUAAUUGUUGCUUAUUACAAAGGGUCUACGCACACUGUGUUGCGAUUUAUUUGCGGAACGGUAAACUAUUCUUAAGACUAUCAACGUUCUUGUAUGUGUACGAGUGAAUUAAUAAUUAACCUAUACGAGUGAAUGAAUUUGAUAUAAACUUCAUAUAAAUUGUGGCAGAAAUCUACCGCUAGUGAGCAAUAGCUAUUGAAUCCGACAUUCGGGCUACAUACCUAUUACUCAAUGGUUUGCAAUUGUUAAUCAUUCAUAGUUUAUGGUACGUUAACGCAAUGUACUGUUCGCUUGUUAUCUCAUAUAGAGUACGGCUUAUUUAUCGAAAACGUGAGACAAUUCAAUCAGCUAAGAAUAUGUCAAUUAUUUUCAACAAAUACAGCUUAAGUUUACAUUCAAGCUUGCAUGUCUACUAACUGACAGUUGCAAACAAUUUGUCUAAUAAGCUCACAGGAAGUACUAAGUACUGCGAUAGGAUUUCCGCUAUAAAUUUUGACACAGUGCGCACUGACAAAAAAGGAAUAUUGUCGCCUAGUACGGGUGUAUCUUAUACCGUAUUUGAAAAGGAAAAACGAAUAUAAAAUAUUUCGACUCUGAACCGUAAUCAGUGUUGUAAAACAAUGUCAAAUUUUAACUGUUGUUGCUUAAAUAAUGACAUGCAUUAUAAAGUCAUCAAUGUUAAUAUUCUUAUUGUAACAUAGGGAUUACUGAAUUACAUUUAAAAGGCAAUGUGUUUGAAUUGAAUUAACAUUUUUAUUUUAUUUAUUUAGUAUUUUUGUCAAAUUUCGAUGUUCGAUGAUGUAAGUUCAAAGUUUUGAUUUUAUUUUUGUUAAAUGUUCAUCUUUAUCAAAUAUGAAAUGGAAUUAGGUUGCUUGAAACAUUAUAACAUAUGAUUUUUUAUAAAUGAAUUGAUAUCAA